AUGAAAGCAUUGCGGCAUGUUACUAUACGGCAUUGUCGACAUGUUACUUCCAUCAACGCUCUUGCCGUACUUCCUGCACUUGAGAGUAUAGAUGUAACAUCCUCUGCGAUAGUGAAUGCUGGCAUUACUGCGUUAAAUACAGCAUUCUCUCUUACGGAACUACAUCUUUCCCACUGCAAAGGUAUCUCUAUUGUGAGUACACUGGCAGAGUGUGAAAGACUAAAGAUACUUCACUUGGAUGGUACACAAAUAACAGAUGAGAGCAUCGCACACCUUGCAGGCAGCAGAAGUCUAACAGAGAUUGAU